AUGUAUUGUUAACGUGAACGGUUGGGACAUUUGUCUGUAUGGUGGGAAGUCACUUUUCAUACCAGCUUUUUAAUCUUACCUUAUAAUCAUACUCUCUCUCUCUCUCUCUCUCUCGAUCUGGGUUGAGAAAAAAAUGGAGUUGUUCUACUACUUGGUGUUUGGGGGGUUCGGGGCGGUGGUGCUGGCAUUGGAGCUCAGCAAAACUAGUAGAGAUCGCAUCAGCAAUACACCCACUGCUUUCAACUCCUUCAAGAAUAACUACCUCCUUGUCUACUCCCUCAUGAUGGCUGGUGAUUGGUUGCAGGGUCCAUAUGUGUACUAUCUCUACAGCCAAUAUGGUUAUGGAAAGGGGGAAAUCGGGCAGCUGUUUAUUGCUGGUUUUGGAUCCUCUAUGUUGUUUGGUACCAUUGUUGGAUCUCUAGCCGAUAAACAAGGUCGAAAGAGGGCAUGUGUUACGUACUGCAUAACAUAUAUCUUGAGCUGUGUCACCAAACAUUCUCCUCAUUACAAAGUCUUAAUGUUGGGUCGUGUAUUGGGAGGGAUUGCCACUUCUCUCCUGUUUUCCGCAUUUGAGUCAUGGCUUGUUGCAGAACACAACAAGAGGGGUUUUGAACAACAAUGGCUGUCCCUAACUUUCUCCAAGGCAAUAUUUCUUGGCAACGGUCUGGUUGCCAUUUUAGCUGGAUUGUUUGGGAAUCUGCUAGUUGAUACGUUCAGCUUGGGCCCCGUAGCUCCAUUUGAUGCUGCUGCAUGCUUUCUUGCUAUUGGCAUGGCAGUAAUAUUGUCAUUGUGGUCCGAAAAUUAUGGUGACCCUUCAGAAAACACAGACUUGCUUACCCAGUUCAAGGGCGCUGCAAUAGCCAUUGCUUCUGAUGAGAAAAUUGCACUGCUCGGUGCCAUACAGUCCUUAUUUGAAGGUUCAAUGUACACUUUCGUGUUCCUCUGGACUCCUGCUUUGAGCCCGAAUGAUGAAGAGAUUCCACAUGGUUUCAUUUUCGCAAUAUUCAUGCUGGCUUCAAUGUUGGGAAGCUCCAUUGCAUCUCGACUGAUGGCUCGUUCAUCCCUCAAAGUUGAAAGCUACAUGCAGAUUGUCUUUGCAAUCUCUGCUGCUGCACUCUUUAUUCCCGUUGGGACAAAUUUCUUGGUACCACCUUCUAAUGUGAAAGGCGGAAGUAUCUCAUUCUCAGGCUGCAUCCAACUUAUUGGAUUCUGUGCAUUUGAGGCCUGUGUGGGGAUAUUUUGGCCUUCUAUCAUGAAGAUGAGGUCCCAGUAUAUACCAGAAGAAGCACGAAGCACGAUAAUGAACUUUUUUCGCAUUCCUCUAAACAUCUUCGUCUGCGUUGUGUUAUACAAUGUUAAUGCAUUCCCGAUUAUUGUCAUGUUCGGGAUGUGCUCGAUUUUCCUUUUCGUUGCAUCCAUCCUGCAGAGGCGUCUCAUGAAGAUUGCAGACACUCAAACAUCAAAGCCACAAGAUUGGAUGGGAAACAAGGAGAGGCAAUUGGAGGCUGAGCCACUGAAUGCCUGAUGCAAAAAUGGAAGAAUCAUUUGGAAGCAGGGGGGUGUCAGAAUGUUGGAGCAGUAUGCUAAAUAAGGGAAGGAGCAUAGGCUAUUUCUUAAAUGAUGGAAAAAUACUAAGGGUUUUGGGAUACCGAUCUUCAUUGAAAAUAGUUAGUGAAUGGGAGAGAAGGAAUUUGAAGGCAAUGGUUAUAGGUUAUCGUAUUAUGCAGUUGCUGUAAAUUGGUGCUGCGUUACUAUUUACCACAAUAUGGUAACUAUGGUCAUUUUUAUGGCCCAAUAGGUACGUUGGGAUCUUUUAAGCAGGAUUUAUGUAAACUGCAAAGCAAGAAACACCUUUAUUCAAGAGAAAUUUAUUUUAAAAGUU